AAAGCAAUAUGAACCUGGUACAUAAUAACAGGGGCAGGUGUAAAAGAAGAGAAUUCAGUAAACUACAACCGCUAACCCUGAAAGGUGGGUAACGCGGAAUCCAACAAAAAAAGGAGUAGGGGAACCAAAAUAUUGAUGUGUUUACUGUCUACUGCUUCCACAUGUCUAACCCAACAGUACGCUGGAAGCAAAGUCAACGCUCCCCGUUGAUGCAGAGCAAAACCACUGUAGCUCGGAUUUAGCUCGCUGGCGUUGCUUUCUGCAAACACGGCCAAAAAGACAGGCCAAGCUGCCAAGGUCCUGGGGAGUUUGCCCUCACUUAGCCCUCCAAAGUCAGCAAUUGGUGGUUCGUUGGACCACUGUUGGGGCUUGGGUGGCUACUGCCUCUGGUACUUUCCCAGCAUGCGAAAAUGGGCACAGUUCAGCUGUCACCGAGGGUCAGCGAGGAAAGUUAACUCUCUAGCUGCCCAGCCAAAACAUUUAGCAUUCAGCUAGCCUCAGCUGCUAAUAGCGUCCGUGUUGGCAAGAGUGGACGAGUUAAAAAUAGAAGAAUACUUUUAGCCCCGGUGGCUCAAGUCAAAGAAAGAGUAGGGGAGGCACAAUGGAGGAUGUCGCUGAGUGAAAAGAUCUGGCCCGUUGACAAAAGGACACCUCUGCCUUCCUGCACGCCGGGCAACGAGCCCUUUCAACCGCUGAGAGGGAGGAGAAUAGUGACUGUCUACCCCCUCAGCCCCUUCUGCCUUUCAUCCUCACACACUCUUCGGCUGACUUCUCGAAGGGAAGGAGGGAAAGACAUUCAGAGGUAUACCGUAGAGCGCUCUGCAGAGUGCAUCUGGAUAGGCUGUGGGAGUGAGAGGGGAAGGGAGGGUGUAAGCGAGGGAGAGGGAAGUUACUGUGCUCUGUUAUUGGUCUCCGCCAUAACUUUUCUGAGCUGAGGAACUGAAAGCUGGACUCAGAGCGAGAGAGAGAGAGAGAGAGAGAGAGAGAGUGGAACUUGGGAUGGCUGUUGGCCCAACUAGGUAGCCAGCACGGACAAGCAGACACCACAAGUGGAACCCGAGAGCCGGAGGAUAUUCGUGGGCGCUCUGCAGCUUCAGAGCCUUUUCUCGAGGAUUACCAUCGGCGUGAAGACCAACCGCUCAAACCUGGGGACAACAGCAGGUAGAAGAUGAGGUCCAAAAGCAGCGGAGUAGAAACCCCGGCUAACGGGGUGCUCGGGGUUCCACAGGCUGAUCAUGACAUCAGCAAGGAACAGGAAGAGUGUCUGCCCGUUAAGAGCCUGAAGGCCAAAGUCCAGCAGAAGGAGGGUGAAGAGAAAUCAAAGGAGGAGGUGAUCUCCAACAAACAGCAGCUACUGUUUGAUUCCCCCGAGUCUGAAGAAGAGAGAGCGAACAUCAUGGAUCUGUCCAACAAGGAUCUGCUAAAACUACUGGGGAUCAUGGAAGGAGAGAUUCAGGCCAGAGAAGACGUAAUCUGCAUGCUAAAGUCCCAACAGGCUGCCCCGGAGGACCUUGAAUCACGUUGUGGUUCGGCCCCCGGUUCGGCCCUCGCAGCCUUGCAGAGGGACGGAUUCAUCACUGGCAGCAAGCCGCGCGAACACGGUGUUUACCAAAAGCCGACGGCUGAGCUGGAGCGUCUGCAGGAGAAGCACAAGGAGACGUACCGCAGGAUGCUGGGUCAGCUGCUGCUGGCCGAAAAGUCCCACCGCCGCACCGUCAACCAGCUGGACUCGGAGAAACGCAAGCACGCCGACUACAUGGACAAGAGCGACGACUUCACUAACCUUCUGGAGCAGGAGAGAGAGAGACUGAAGCGCUUGAUUGAGAACGAGAAAGCCUAUCAGGUUAAAAAGGAGAAGGAACACUCCAAACGUCUGGCCAAGGUGCGGGAAGAGCUGGUCAAGCUGAAGUCCUUCACGCUGAUGUUGGUCAACGAGCGUCAGCAGCACCUGGAACAAAUGGAUCAACAGAACCAGCGGGCCCAGGAACUCAGCCAGCAGCUCCAGCAGCGGGAGCAGGCCCUGAGUGAAGCCCGGGAGCGAAGUCAGGAGGACGCCCACAGGGUGCUCAGCCUGGAGGCUGAGCUUAAAGAGAAGUCCACCAAACUCACCCAACAACAUGAGGAGAUGAGCGCCGAGCUGGCCACUCAGGAGAUCCACAGCCGUCAACUUAAUGCCAAUGUUCUUGGGCUUACGCAUAAAGUUGAAGAACUCGAGGAGAGCAACAGGGCCCUGAGGAAAUCCGAGGAAGAGUUGCAGGAGCUGAGGGAGAAGAUUGGCAAAGGAGAGUCCGGGAACUCCAACCUGAUCACUGAGUUGGAGAACUUGCGGAAACAUGUGCUGGAGAUGGAGGGAAAAGAUGAGGAGAUUACCAGGACUGAAUAUCAGUGUAAAGAGCUACGGAAAAGGCUACAAGAAGAGGAUACUAAGAGCAAAGACCUCAGGCUGGAAGUGGAGAAGCUCCAAAAAAGAAUGAUGGAGUUGGAGAAACUUGAGGGUACCUUCAGCAUAAACAAGGCUGAAUGUGCACAGUUACACACUGCUCUAGAGACGGAGAAGGGACACACCAAAGAGCUCUCAGAUGAGGUCGUAUCUCUCAGAAUCCGCGUGAAAGAAGUUGAGUCAUCUGAACUUAAGUUAGAAAGGUCCGAGCUGAGCCUUAAGGAUGACUUGAGUAAGCUGAAAUCAUUAACUGUUGCUUUGAUGGAAGAACGAAAGACCCAAAUGGAAAGAAUGAAGUCAGAUGAGAAGAAAAAGGAGGAUUUGAGUCAGAUGUUCAAAGAUGAGCAGGGCAAAGUUAUGGAGGUGACCGAAAAAUUGAUAGAGGAAAGCAAAAAGCUCUUGAAGAUGAAAUCAGAGAUGGAAACCAAAGUAGAGAUUCUAACCAUCGAAAAGGUAGAGCUUGGUACUAAACUGACCCGUGAAAUUGAUAAAACUAAGGAUCUCAGUUCUGAAGUUAGUCAAAUGAAAAAAAGGUUAGAUGGCUUUGAGCAAGCAGAAAAGCUAUCAGUGAAUUCAAUGAAAUGUGAACUGGGACGAAUGUCUGACACUGCCAAAAGAGAAGACAAAAAAGUCAAGGAGCUGACAUUUGAAAUCGAACGUCUGAAAAAUCGUCUUAAACAACUUGAAGUAGUCGAGGGAGAUUUGAUCAAGACAGAAGAUCAGUACGACAUUCUGGAGAAAAGGUUCUUGACUGAACAAGACAAAGCCAACAUUCUUUCCCAACAGGUGGAAGAAAUGAGGGGUCAGAUAGCGCGAAACAAAGCAAUCGAAAAAGGAGAGGAGGAAAGCCAGGAAGCAGACCUCCGACAACGAUGCAGAAAAGAGGAGGCCAAAACCAGGGAACUGCAGGCAGACGUCUUAGCCCUCAAGGAGAAGAUCCAUGAACUGAUGCACGAGGAAGACCAACUUUCACAGCUCCAGGUGGAUUACUCCGUCCUGCAGCAGAGAUUCUUGGAAGAGGAGGAGAGAGCCAAGAACAUGGGCACCGAAGUUUUCCAUCUCACCAAAGAAUUGGAGAUGGCAAAGCGUCACAGUCGAGCGCUAAGGCCUAGUUUGAACGGGAGGAGAAUAGUAGACGUUGCGGUAACUUCCACUGGAGUACAGACGGAGGCCUUGUCGACUGAGCCAGCAGAAGAGGAUACCCCAGCUGUGUUUAUCAGGAAAUCUGUUCAAGAAGAGAAUCACAUCAUGAACAACCUCAGACAGAAGUACCUAAAGAAGCCAACAGAAAAGAGUGGUGUUGAGCGUUGCCCUUCGUCUGGCAGCGACCUGGGCGUGAAGAAGUCCUGGAUUCCCUGGAUGAGGAAAAAGGACAACGCCCAUCAGGAGACCAACUUGGGAAAGCACCUGCAAAUGAAUGGUGUACAUAUGACUUCUGAAUUGACAAUGUCCCCAAAGCAAGGGCAGCCUUUACACAUUCACGUAACACCAGACCACCAAAACAACACGGCUACUCUUGAGAUUAGCAGCCCCACUGCCGAGGACUCUUUCUCUAGCUCAGCUCCGCUAAGCCCCAACCCGUCUCAACCAAAAUCAAGGAUCACAAUCAUUCCCACCUACUCUGCUCCAAACCACAAGAGAAAGUCCACCAACGGACCUCAGGGCCUCGAAAGAGCCAAGUCUCCGGUCACCAUCACAACAAUAUCCAGAGCCAAGUCUCCCGUAAACAGCCACGUCCCCUCGUCUGCCUCAGGAAGAGCCUUGUCCCCCGUCUCUAUUAUGACAGUGAGAAGUGCUAUGGUGCCGGAAGCAUCUUCCUCCCCAGAACCCCAGGAGAUGACCAUGGGCCGAGCUGUGUUCAAGGUUACCCCCGAGAAGCAGAUGGUCCCGAUGCCCUCACGGAAGGGCCACCCCAACACGAGCUACAUCACGACCACAGACGAUAACAAGAUCCACAUUCAUCUGGCCAACAGCAUGACCCCAAAGGUGGUGGUCAGGCCGGCGGCUGCUGCGACAGAGAGCAGGGAAAUGACCUUAUCAACUGGGACAGUUUUACGCUCCCCCCGGCAAAUCACCACCACCACCACCACCACUGCCAGGAGCACACAGAACAAAGUGAUGAGCACCAUCACAAUUUCCCCCGUUGCAUCCAACACUUCCAGACCAACACAAAGCAUGACUGGGCAUGAUGCCCAGGCACCUCGCACAGGGCUCACCCGCAUCCCAAUGUCCAAGAGCCUGAAGACAGGGAAGGCUGCGCUGGGAUCCCUGGGGAUCUCCGGUGGAGUGAAGCUAGAGUCACGAGCUGAGAGUCAGUCCAUGAGGAUAGAAGUUAAGAAAACCUCUGUAAACAGCAGUAUUUUUCAAAAUGGAGGAAAAGCCUGAUGGAAAAAAAUACCAACAAAAUACACAAACACGUUGCUUCUAAAAGAUUACAACUAUGCCCACAGAUAGAAAGCUUUGAUUUCGCUAUAUAACUCAACUGGACAUUUCAAGGCCCCCGAGGCAUUUUUGUUUGUAAUUAAAUACGUCUUUUGUACCUGUACAUAUAAAUUUCUCUAAUUUAAAUGGAAACCAGUCAAUUUACAAUGUGUAUUGUGACAUUUAGGUAAAUAUUGUAUUAGACCAUGCAGCUACUAAAUGCUUCUUGCUUUGUAUGGUUGUCUCACACAUUUGUUGAUAAUAUUUGUGAAGCACACAUUGGUCAAAAUAAUUGUGUAAAUUAUGUUUAUUUUUUUCUGAAAAAGAUUUGUACUGAAAAGUGUACUGAAUAAAUGUUUUGAAAAGAGAGAUGUUUUUUGUGAGUGCAAAUAACGCAAAUAUGCAGCAAAGACAGAGAGUGAAGUGUGCCAGAUAAAUUGCAUGUGACUGUUUAAUAUAUUACGUGUAUUUAUUAUUUUUUUUGCAAAUUUACAUAUAGUUUGAGGUAAAGUGAAAGUAUUAUGCUUGCAUAAGAGACCACAAUAAUCCAAGAUUUCAAUAGAACCGUUUUAGGACUCAAAUGUUGAAAUAUUUAUUUUCCAAAAAAUUUACAACGUUGGUCUUAUCCUGUAUUCUUUGAAAAUAUGAAAGCACAACUAUAUAAAUUAUUAUUCAGUU